GUCCUCUGACGUAGCCACGCACUCAACCAUCGCCACGGCGUAACACAAGCCACACAGUCACAUAAUCCGCACCGGAACCUUUGGCUCCAGAUAGCGGACCAGACAGACACCGUUAAAGAGGACUUCACGGGAUCUUUUAACUUCGCUUCACUACUUUCUGUCAUAGCUGCAUACAACCAUGAAGGGGAUGAUUUUUCAGCUCAGCCGCAACCUGAGCCGUGCUGCCCCAGUUCUGCGAUGCAGUGUCCAGUCUGGUGCACGUCCCGCCUCCACUGCCGCCUCCAACCUGAGAGCCGAACGGCCUCUCACCUCGGAGGAAAUCUACGCCCGCGAGGACAAAUAUGGAGCGCACAACUACCAUCCUCUGCCUGUGGCCUUAGAGAGAGGGAAGGGUAUCUAUGUGUGGGAUGUGGAGGGCAACCGGUAUUAUGACUUCCUGAGUGCUUAUAGUGCAGUAAACCAGGGACACUGCCAUCCAAAAAUCAUAGCUGCACUCAACGCCCAGGCCUCCAAACUCACCCUGACCUCCAGAGCAUUCUACAACAAUGUGCUGGGAGCCUAUGAGGAGUACAUCACAAACAUGUUUGGCUAUGACAAAGUUUUACCCAUGAAUACAGGUGUUGAAGCCGGUGAGACUGCCUGCAAGCUUGCCCGCAAGUGGGCUUAUAAUGUGAAAGGAGUUCCCAAAAACAAGGCUAAAAUCAUUUUUGCAAAUGGAAACUUCUGGGGCCGCACCAUGGCAGCCAUCUCCAGCUCCACUGACCCCAGUAGUUAUGAAGGUUUUGGCCCCUACAUGCCAGGGUUUGAGCUCGUCCCAUACAACGACAUUCCUGCACUGGAGAAAGCCCUCCAAGACCCAAAUGUGGCAGCUUUCAUGGUGGAGCCCAUUCAGGGUGAAGCUGGGGUGGUGGUGCCCGACCAGGGCUACCUGACCAAAGUCAGAGAACUUUGCACCAAAUACAAUGUGUUGUGGAUUGCUGAUGAAGUGCAGACAGGCUUGGCACGUACCGGCCGGCGGCUGGCUGUGGACCACGAGGAAGUCCGUCCAGAUAUUGUGACGCUGGGAAAAGCUCUUUCUGGAGGAGUUUACCCUGUAUCUGCUGUGCUGUGUGAUGAUGAGGUAAUGCUGACAAUCAAGCCUGGGGAACACGGGUCCACAUAUGGAGGUAACCCUGUGGCCUGUCAGGUUGCCAUCACUGCACUUCAGGUGAUUGAGGAGGAGAAACUGGCAGAGAAUGCUCUAAGAAUGGGAGAGCUGCUGCGGAGCGAGCUGAGAAAACUGCCCAAAGAUAUUGUGACAACAGUCAGAGGAAAAGGCCUCCUCAAUGCAGUCGUCAUCAAAGAGACAAAAGACUACGAUGCCUGGAAGGUGUGCUUACGUCUUCGCGACAACGGACUGCUGGCCAAGCCCACCCAUGGUGACAUCAUCCGCCUGGCCCCUCCCCUCAUAAUCAAAGAGGACGAGAUGCGCGAAUGCAUCGAUAUCAUCCAGAGAACCGUCAUAUCCUUCUAAACAACUCCAGUUCAGCUACUCAGUAACACAUAAGCAUCCUUCAAAUUGAUAAUGCACAUUAGCUGAAAGUUUGGCCUGUCAAAACGUCUUUCUAAAACAUUUAUUAGUUUUAUUAUCAUUUAUUAUUUUACGUGCUGCAAAGAUAGGGACUCUUUGAGUGGCAUUACUGUAGAAAUACAGCAUACAGAGACCAUGUAUAGAGUGUGCUAUGAGGAUACACUGACACUUUUACAGAAAAACUGCUGUAAAGAAAAGGGUUACGUUAGACUGCCUCAGGAAAGACUGCAGCACAGCUGGAAAACAUCAGUGGUUUUAAUUUGAAUGUUCUGUUUUUACACUGAAUUCGUCUAAAUAGAUGGAUUUUGAAAUUGUUAAUUCAGGUUAAUGCUGGUAAUGAGUGAUGUAAAUAAUAAGUGUUAUAUCUUUAAUGAAACAUUUUUUGUUUUCAAAAAGGAUAAGUGGUUUACUGGAUGAAGUAUGUCUAAGUAAGUUACAAAGAUUUUGUCAACUUUCUCAACAGAGGCACACAAUUGAAUUUGACUUUGUAUAGGGCUUUUGUGUUACUACAAGUUGACAAUACACACAUGGAAAUGCAGCUUGCUUAAAUGAAACCUUGUCUACAAUGUACCAUAGCUUACUAAUGAUAUAUGAUAGUUUACAGUUCAAAUAGAUAAGUUACAGUCUACUCAGCUACUCCUGUCUGCUAAUAUAAAACCUGUUACAUAAAAGGUCAGCUGUUCUACUUUCAAUCCCAAGAACAGUGGUCCACACACGUCUUCAAAAAGACAUCAAAUGCUGAUCAAGUUUUCAGAUUCCAGGUACUUGAAAGAUUGUGUAAAAGUUUUGUAUUUGCACUUGAACUCUAACAAAGCGAAAAGUCAAGUAUUUUUAAUUUCCAAUACAAUUAUGACAACAUAUUAUAGGUAUCUGUUUUAUUUUAAUUUAACAUUAACUCUGAAUGUUACUGUGGAAGAAAUACUUUCUGUGAACCUUGAAGAACUUAAAUGCUGCAACAGCAAAAAUAAGUUUUUGCUCUUUUAUGUUGUAUAACUUUGUCUAUUUUAUUUCACCAAGAAACAUGCUGCAUAAGGAUAAAUGUUGGGAGGACUCAUGCUGCGAGCUGAGGCUGGUUUAGUAUGAAGUAUUUACAGUAACUGUUUAAACUUUCUGGUGAACUGUUGUUAAACAGUGUAAAUUCAGAGGCUAUUUCACCUUUAAGUUGUUACAUAAUCCACAGUUUCUCAAAUAAAUUAUUGCUAGCUUAA